AUGCUGCUCUUCGAUAGCGAUCAGGACAACGAUGUCUUUUCAGAUAAGAAGGCUAAGGGUAAGAAUAUCGAUACCUCGUAUAUUGAUAACGAGGACGAUAAGGAGUCCGGUUCCGGAGCUGAUAGUAACGACGAGGAAGAGGUCGAGGCGAUUACGACCCCGGGUGCUGGAAGCUCAAAGCGCAAGGCCUUGACCUUUUUCUCCGACUCUUCAACCCUGUCCAAGAAGCCGAAGCGUAAAGCUGUCGCUGAGACCACUACGAAGACGAAGCCGAAGUCGACUGCUAAGGCUGCCGGCGAAAAGGCUGCGCAGAAGGGCCGCCGUACGAAAGCUUAA